UAUCUGAGGCCAGGCGGAACGGAGGCUAGGCGACACACGGCGUGUAGGAGGCUCGUGACGUGAUUGUUUUUUUACUCCCAAAUCCAUAAUAAGAGGAAAUGAAACCAGGCAUUUGACGAAAAGAGUCUCAGCUGUUUAAUGAAAAGUCACCUUGAAUGGAAAGUCUAUCGGAGUCGACGAAUCAGCGUUCGUGGUUAGCCUAAGGAAAGAGGUUACAGAAUAUUGACAUCUGACAUCAGCAAUCUAAAAAAGCAUCUUCAUGGCAGCCCCAGAAAACAAUUUUCCACCUCUCCCCCGUUUCAUUCCUCUGAAGCCAUGCUUUUACCAAGACUUCAACGAGAUCCCCGAUCAAUGCCGCACUAUGUGCAAGCGCUUGUACCAUCUAUGGAUCUUGCACAGUGCUACCUUGGCGGUGAAUCUGAUUGGCUGUCUGGCAUGGAUGUGUGGUGGGGGCGGGGCCACUAACUUUGGAAUGGCUAUAUUGUGGCUUCUCCUCUUCACCCCUUGCUCUUAUGUGUGCUGGUUUCGGCCCAUCUACAAAGCUUUUAAGACUGACAGCUCUUUCAACUUCAUGGCAUUUUUCUUCGUAUUCAUGGCUCAGGUUGUGAUCAGUAUCAUCCAGACAGUGGGCAUCCCAGGCUGGGGAGUCUGCGGGUGGCUGGCCACCAUCACAUUCUUUAGCACUAAUAUCGGCUCUGCUGUGGUGAUGCUGAUUCCAACUAUUAUGUUCACAGCUGUUGCUGUACUGUCUUUCAUCGCCCUUACCAAGGUCCAUAACCUCUACCGUGGCAGUGGAGGGAGCAUGAGCAAGGCCCAGGAGGAAUGGACAUCAGGUGCUUGGAAAAACCCCCAUGUACAACAAGCAGCCCAGCAGGCAGCUAUGGGUGCAGCCCAGGGGACAAUGCAGGGCCAACAGUACUCAGCCCCUCCAACUUACAACUAUGACGAUCCCAUGUAAUGUGUAUUUAGUAGGAAACCUUUAGGUGUGUUAGGCUUGUUUUAUACUUGACACUUGACUAUGCUUGUGUGUGAGGACUUACACCACAUUUUGAGUGAACCAACAACAUCCACGUCACACUAGAGGGCAUAUCAGUGCCAAAACAUACAUCCUUGUCCAUCAGGUUUCCAUGUUGUAUGCAAAACAGACUUUUCUCUUUCCUGUAGUAGGGAAAUUGAUUAGUGUUAAUGCACAAAAACUAGAAUAGUACCUAAGUCUUAUAGUUUGUUCAGUCUGACAGACAUUGUAUCAAAUUGCACUAUAAUAGCCUAUACUUUUUAAGUUGGGCACUGAAUACUUACCUGCAUUAAUGAUCACCUAAAACAUGCACAAUCAGCACAUCAAAUAAACACAGUAUAUGGGAUGAUGCCAUCUUCUAUACGCACAUGCAUAGUUAAAAGCAAGUAUAAACCUGGCCUUACAAGGGUACUGGAGAGAGAAAGAGGGAGUUAGCAAGAAUAACUAAAGCAAAUAACUGAUCAAUUUAAUUUUAAAAAACAGUACGAUAAGACAUAAAAAAUCUUCCCACUUGUUGUGUAUGGUAGUGUGAAGUAUUGCUUUUGUUCUAAAGACUAAGUUUUCUUAACUCUUACCCAAGAGGCCCACUGCCCUGUACUUUGUUUCUUUCUUCUAACACACUUGGUUCACCUUUGAAGCUAAUUAUGCUCCUGCAGGAUGAAUCAAGAAUGUUUGAGAGCAGCAAAAGCUUGGGCCAGUGGGCCUCCAGGACAUGAGUUGAGACAUGCUACUCUAGUCUCUACUAGUAACAGAUCUUUGUGGUAUCAAGUCAUUUGUAAUGAUUAUAUUCAAUUCCCCAAUGACUCAAUUGAGCAAACAUUCCAUUGUGUCUAAGUAAUAUUAGAGAACUUGAUGAGCCAUCUGUAUCUUUGUAUUUCUAUAUGGAUAUUUAACAUUAAAUAAGCUAAAGGCUAACCCUAGGAGUAAUAAUUGUAAGUCAGUUAAGUUAUUUAUGUGAAAGUAAUAAAUACAGAAAGUGUCACAGU